AUGGAAACGGAGGCGUUCCGGCCACUGCCCUUCUUCACACACUUCGUGCGGUAUGGCGCACGCGCCGAGUGGCUCAACCCGACCUUCCCGUCCGAGGGCAUCGCCACGCGGGCAUCCUUCUUCACCGGCCGCUACCCGGAGAAGCACGGCAUCCUGGGCGAGCACUUCCUCGACCGGCAACGCGGCGAGCUGCGAGUGGACGGCCCGGCCGGCCACUCGGCCACCGACCCGGCGAUGUGGCGUCGCACAGCUGUGUUCAACGUCCAAGGCGCCUGUGUGCCCAUUGAUGGCAGCAAUAUCAGCUUUUGUCAGGCGCCGGGGCAGGCCGGCGAGUUCGAGGAGAGUCUGACGCUGGCGCUGGACCGCCUGUUCGCCGAGGCCUACCCGUGCAAUAUGGCCAUCGUGCACACGGACGAGCUGCGGCGGACCGCCGAGAAGCACGGCGCUACGUCCGAGGCCGUGCUGGAUGCGCUGCGCGCACUCGACGGCCAGCUGCAGACGCUCGACCGCGCGCUGCUGGACCGCCAGGCCCGCGGAGAGGUCAACGUCGUCAUCGUGUCGGACGGCGGCCUGACGGACACGGCUGACAUGGAGGUGAUCUCGGUGGACAGCCUGCUGCCGUCCGAAGCUCCCGUCACCGUCGCCGGCGACGGUGCCGCCUGCCUCGUCUACAUGGCCGGGGAGCACGCGACGGCUGCGCACGCGCAGGCGCAGGCCGUGCCGGGCGUGCGCGCGUACCUGCGCGGCGCCAUUCCCGCGCGCAUGCGGCUGGCGCACGGGCAGCGCGAGCCCGACCUCCUCCUGGUGGCCGAGCCAGGCUACUACCUGGAGCACGAGCGGCCACUGGCCGUGGAAGCGGCAGGCGGAUACGACGACACGGCCGGCGGCGUGCCGGACAUGCGCGGCGUGCUGCUCGGUCGCGGCCCCAGUUUCCGCGCCGGGGUCACCGUCCAGCAGGUGAACGCCGUCGACGUGUAUGCCAUGCUCGUCGCGCUCAUCCAGGUGACGCCCGAGGUGCACAACGGCACCUGGACAACCCGUCAGCGACCGGAUGUGGACGAGCGGUGUGGCGGCGGCGGCGGCGGCGACGACCCAGGCCAGACCGGGGGCGGCGAACUGCGGCCGCUCACCUCCGCGGCCCCCGGCUCGCCGUCAUCAGAGCAGCUUCCCGCACCUUUUGGGCCGACAGCCUCCGAACCUACCCCGGCCCGGGCUGGGCACGCGUCGUCGCCGCCCGACUCGGAGGAUCUGCGGCUGAUUGUGGACCGGCUGAAGAUGAAGCUGGAGCAGCAGAUGAAGGCCAAGCUUGGGCUGGAGGAAGAGGUCAUUGGCUUGAGGCGGCGAGCGGCUGAGAAGGCGUCCGUGCUCAGCGACUCUGACGACGAUGGCGGACAGCAGGAGGAGGAGACGGCGCCGAGGCCGCCGCCGUCCACAGUUUGUCGACGGAUGCCGCUCUCUGUACUGCACCGAAACAGCCACCGCCACACCACCCUGCAGAAGAUCCCGGAGCUGGACGAGCUCUCGUCCGACUGGGAGACGGACAGUUCGGACGAGCAGUCGGCGGGCGAGCUGCGCGCGCUCAUCGCGCGCCUGGAGGCGGAACGGUGCGCCGCCGAGGCUCCUCUCUGA